AUGGCACAGAAUUAUAAUGAAUGUAGACAGUUUCUUGAGGAAACUUCAAGCAUCGAAAAUAGUAUAAACACAAUUCAAAGGAACGUUGAACGUAUUCAAGUAAUACAAACACGUAUUCUAGUGAGUACUUCGGCACAAAUGGAAGAUGAUGGCGUUCAAGAGCGUGAAGAGCUUACGUUGAAUACAAAAAAAAAUCUUUUUGAAACUAAAGAUUGGAUUAAAAAAAUUGAAUAUGAAAAUAUCAAAUUACCAAUAAAUGAUCCAAACAACAGCAUUAGAAAACAAAGGCUCGAGUUUCUCAAAGCAAAAUUCACAAAUGCGCUUGAAAAUUUUCAUAGUGUUGAAGAUACUUAUAUGAGACAACGGAAAGAAAGAAUGACACGUCAAUACAGAGUUGUCAAUCCAGAAGCAUCUCAAGAUGAAAUUGACAAUUAUUUGAGCAAUCCAUCAUGUCAGCCGCUUUGUCUAAUUCGUACAAGCGAAGCUCGCGCAGUAUUUACAGAAGUUCAAAAACGACAUAGUGAUAUAAAACAGAUUGAAAAAACAAUUGAGGAAUUAGCAAUUUUGUUUCGUGAAGUGCAAUUACAAGUGGAGGAACAAGAUUCUGUGAUUUUAAAUGUAGAAGUACCUGUUGAAGAAUCUCUUGCGAAUACCAAACAAAGUGAAAUUUAUAUUGAAAAGGCGCAUGAGAAUGCAGUCCAAGCAAGAGGAAAGACGUGGAUCUUUUUAGUAGUUAUGAUUAUAAUAGUUUCUAUAAUCAUAAUAACUAUAAUAGUACAGAUAUAUGGGAAAGUAAAUAGUACACAGAUUUCUGACGCAAGUCCUUCUGACUUAUUACCUCCUGAUCCUUAA